AUGGGGUCCAUUCAGAAGACCGUUUCACGCUUCGAGAUCACUGCCGUCUACACGCAUCCUGAAGCCAAUGUCGAUGUCGUUUUGGUCCACGGUCUGAACGGCGACCCAAAGAAUACGUGGACGGCCAAGGACGGUCAUAACCACAGCAUUUUUUGGCCUGCAGAUCUUCUCCCAACGUCACUCAGAGGCCUUCAAGCCAAUAUCCUAGUAUACGGCUACAACGCUGACGUAUACUCAACCAAGAACGACCACAGCGCCAGUGACAACUUCAUUUAUCAACAUGCUCAAAGCCUCGUCACUACGCUGACCCUCUACCGCAAGAGCGAGGGUGGUUCUAAUAAUCCCAUCAUCUGGGUAGCACAUAGUCUGGGCGGUCUCCUCGUUAAACGUUGCCUGUUAUACUCCAACGACGUCAAGGACAGAAAUCAUGAGGACUAUAGAGCCAUCUUCGUCUCUACCUACGGAAUCGUCUUCCUCGGCACCCCUCAUGGGGGCUCUGAUAUGGCGAAAUGGGGCCAGAUGAUCCAGAACAUGUCCGACGCCAUCAUCCCUCGGAAGCUCUUCGACAGUGAAUCCGUACUUCUCAAGACUCUGAAAAAGGACAAUGAGACCUUGCAGAAUAUCAACAUCCACUUUCUCGACAUAUAUCAACGGUUCAAGAUCCACAUGGUCCACGAAAACCACAAGACUGAUAUCAAAGGCACAAAGAUGUUGGUUGUCGACGCACGCUCGGCUGGACCACAGCUGCCAGGAGUUACAUACUACGGCAUCGAGGCCACCCACUCUGGCAUGUGCAAAUUUCCUGAACAACAUGCACCCGGCUACCGCAACGUCUCGACUGCCAUUCGUGACUGGGUGAGGGAAUCUCCAUCAGUCAUUCAGACUCGGUGGAUCGUCGAGCGAGAUGACAAAAGGGUGCGAGCUCAAACAGAAGCUGCCGAGAGGACGAGAGAAUAUAGCGGAACGUACUCAACACCCCUGAUCUCGCCCUCAGAUACGCCCAGCACCACGGCCUUCCCCUCCCAGGCGGAAUCUCAGCCCGAUUUGCGGUCUUCAUGGCCGCCUUUCAUCCACCCUGACCGUUUUCGUCCCAACGCGUUUUUCAAGGGACGUGAGGAGGAGCAUAGAGAUCUCCAUCGGAUGCUGAUGGACACAAGACGAAGAUCAGAAGGCACGUCAGCGGUUUUGAUCCAAGGAAUUCCCGGAGCAGGAAAGUCACACCUGGCACGGCAAUACGUCUUCGAUCACAAGGACGACUAUCCCGGCGGUAUAUAUUGGAUCAGGUCGACCACGGUGCAGGACAUGGAAGAAGGCUUCUGGCGGAUUGCUAAAACUGAAGCCAUCAAGCAGAGGGUCGGCCAAGAGAAGAAAGACGAUCUAUCCGAUCCCCAGAAAAUGGUGAAGAUUGUACGCAAUUGGUUCAACGAGUUCAACGGCUGGCUGCUGGUCCUCGACGGCAUUCGCUUCGACAACGAUAAAGUGACCAACUUUAUUCCUGACUGUAAAAACACCAGCCUCAUUCUGACGUCGACGGAACGGCCUGAUCCAGGCAACUAUCUUCUGGACAACCCAAGCAUCAUGGAGCUUGGCCUCCUUCCGGCCCAAGCCGCUCGAGACCUCUUGCUCCAGGAGAUGGGUAAGAGGCAGCCAUACACAUCCGACGACCUGAGACGUGCCUUAGAGUUGGUGCAGCUGAUGGAUCGCCUUCCCUUGAUGAUCCACGCUGCAGCCCAGCAGAUGAAUGCGACUCGGGAGCCACUUGCAAAGUAUCUCAAGUCCUUCCGCGACAAGCCCAGGCCCGGCAUGCUUCCUGCGUACAAGACGAUACGAGAUCAGCUUCAAGCUCUUGGAGACACAUCCGCACUGAAUCUGAUGUACAUCCUCUGCUUCUUCAGCCAGUUGGUCCCGGUAGAAAUGCUUGCGCUUGGCCUUAAAGCUUUGGACAGGGCCACCCCAAUCAGAACAGAUGCGAACGGCAAGCCCCGCAGCUUGAACAAGACCUUCAUCACACUCAUCAGGUUUGCGCUCAUUGAGAGGAGCGAGAUGGAUGAUAUACCAUCUUCAAGCUCGCGAACCUCUGAACGCAGCGACGAUCCGGCGGCAGAGCCACUAGAUGUCCUCCGAAUCCACAGCGUCGUCCAAGCGUUUUUCAUCCAGCUCCUUGCGAAAGAGAAGCAGUUGGAAUUCUGGCUUGCUCGAGCAGCCCGCAUCUUCUGCCUCUCUUUUGAGGCAGCCGAUGAUCGGAUGAAGAAGGACCCAACGACUGGUUUGCCUGACGACUACAGAAGAUACGCUAUACACGGAAGGAAGCUGAUGGAACACUUGGAUCGGCACUACAAAUCUAAAGACGUUUCCGAAGACGUCGCUGUAGAGCUAUCAUCACUGAGACGGAGUCUGAAGAGCAAGCUCUCGAAGCUACCGAAAGAAAUAGAUGGCUUACAGAGGGCGAUUUCGGCCGGCAUCGUCGACGGCAAGGAGGUCAUAGAUCACUGUUCAGUCUUUGAGCGUACGAACAGUCUAUCUUCGGAAUCCACAAAUACGUCGAACGUCUCCGACGGUCGCGAGCCAGAUGCGACCAUGCCGUACGUGCCUCAAGCAGACAGCGACAACACAUACUCUACACCGCGGCCGCCGGCCCACAGUCCAGGUUCCCGGUACGACGACCACUUUUCCGACAGUCGAACAGCUGUCCCAUACCCUCCAGACACAGUCGACGCGUCUUUUGACGACCUGGCCGACCCUGAAUGGACAGUUGUUAAGAAGCAUCGAUCCGUGAAGAAGCAGGAACAGCGACGAUACCACGACCGCGGAGGUGCAUGGAGAGAAACCUCUGUGAAUGAUCCUCGUACUAGCGUUAGCCGAGAGUCUGCACGCGGCCUCAUAUCUCCGCCAGGUUCUGUCAGAGGCGGCCGUUCACCAAGUCAUUCCCGUAUCUCCGCUAGAAGUGACGCCGAACUUGAGCUUAUGCACAUUAAACAGGCAUCGCCUCCGCCACCCCGUGGUGGAGGCCACAUCCAAGACAAGGCGCGAAGCUCCAGCACUGGCAAUGGCACAAAACUGUGGCCAGUGCUGGGGAGGACAAGCUAUGCCCAGGCACUCUCUGGGACAGCAGUUGAGGACGAAUUGCCGCCAUCCCCUACCUUCUCAUGUCCUCCAUCCAGGGCGGGGACUCUGGAUCGAAGGUUGAAUUACGACACCAUGUCGGUCAACAGCUUGCGGACUGUUGAACUGCCUGCACAGUCCCUUUCCGGAAGAUUGAAGGAAAACCAACUUCAGACUAGCAUCGGAAACAGGGCGAUAGGCAACCGACCAUCGUCUGUCUCACAAGAGAUAGCCGUUCACAAGACCCCAUCGCCGUCACACAACUUUGUAUCUUCCAUUCUGCAACGCCUCAGAGGGUCUCCUGGGGAACCCAAAGCAGAAGCCAAGGGAAAAGCGAAGUACCGGCGAUCCAAAGACUCUCUCAAGUCACAGCCAUCGACAUCAGCGGAUCAUCCCCCAACCACAUAUCAAGGAGGUGUCAGGACGGCCAGUUCCAGUCCUGGAGUACAGUUUCCACCGUUUUAUCCUCCAGGCUUACUGGUCGUUACGAACAGCUCAAGUAGCCUGUGGCAAGCAGCUCCAGAACGGCAAUACGCAUCCCAACAACCAACUGAGUCGUACUACCCAGGAGUGGACUAUGAUGAGCCCCUGUCGUGGUCAGACCCGAGUCUCGGUCACCCGGCUGUUAAUGUUUUGUCGCCUGCAACAAUGACCCCUCAGAGUCCCACCUUCGCAAGACCACCAGGAGGAUACACAUCACAGCCAAUGUCUCGGAACCCGAGCUCAAACCCGCAUGUUCUCGGCCCGACAGAAUCAUCAGGCACUCCUCGCAGUAGCAACAGCGGUGGCGCCAGGACAAAUCUGGGUCGCCCACGUGCCCCCUCUGUUGUCGAGACAGAGCCCUCGCCGCGUCUUCAACCGAUUGAUAUGCCACCUACCUCGUACCACGCCUGGGAACGUAGGAGAACCCAUCGUCGAGGCGAUUCCCUCUUUGGUGGUAGCAAUGUGCCUGCUCAUCGAUAUCUGCCCACUGCGCAAAUGCCAAAUUUCCGUUCACAACAAGACAGUCCAGAUAUUUCGAGUCCCAGGACUAGCCCGCAGAUCGGAGCCGGUGGUGAGAGCAUGAGCCGGUCAGGAUCAGGUGGUAUUCGGGUUGGCGAUGGUAGGGUCAUUGCCUUCGGUGAAGUACCAGUCGAUCUCGAAGCAGCCGGCCGCAGAGCGAGGGAGGCUCGAGAUAGACUGGAUGGAGUGGAUCGAGCCGCUAUAGAGGCGGUAGACGAUGCGCGCGCCGUACGAGCCGGCCAUGACAGUGAAGGUUCUGAAUCGGCGCCUGUGGGACUGGGUAUUCUUUGA